UAUUAGAUGAUUAACUUUAUUUUUAGUUUUUUCACUUACAUUAGUAAUUUUUAAUAUUAAAAAUUAUUUUUGUUUUUCUUAUAACUCAAAUGAAUCUUCCCAAAAUCUAAAUAUUAAACAACAUAAAAUAAAUUGAAAAUGAUAACAAAUCUAUUCUCAGUAUUUGACCCUUCAACUACUAUUUUAAAUCUUUCUUUAAAUUGAUUAAGUACUUUUUUAGGUCUUUUAAUUAUUCCUUCAACAUACUGAUUAAUACCAAAUCGAUUCCAAAUUAUUUGAAAUAAUAUUUUAUUAACUCUUCAUAAAGAAUUUAAAACUUUAUUAGGACCUAAUGGACAUAAUGGAAGAACAUUAAUAUUUGUAUCCUUAUUUUCGUUAAUUAUAUUUAAUAAUUUUUUAGGAUUAUUUCCUUAUAUUUUUACUAGUACAAGUCAUUUAACUCUAACUUUAACCUUAGCCUUUCCUUUAUGAUUAAGUUUUAUACUUUAUGGAUGAAUUUGUCAUACACAACAUAUAUUUGCUCAUUUAGUUCCUCAAGGAACUCCAGCUGUAUUAAUACCUUUUAUAGUAUGUAUUGAAACAAUUAGUAAUGUAAUUCGACCUGGAACACUAGCUGUUCGAUUAACUGCCAAUAUAAUUGCAGGACAUCUAUUAAUAACUUUAUUAGGAAAUACAGGACCUAUAUCAACUUCAUAUAUUAUUUUAUCAUUAAUUUUAAUUACUCAAAUUGCUUUAUUAGUAUUAGAAUCUGCAGUUGCAAUUAUUCAAUCUUAUGUAUUUGCUGUAUUGAGUACUCUUUAUUCUAGUGAAGUAAAUUAAUUUA